AGUCGGUAGGCGGUGAGUUCUCCCCACUCAGUCGCACGGCUUUUCACAACUCACAGAAGUUACUUCCCUGGAAGUAGUCGGGUGUGAUAGUAGCAAGUCAGUUUGUGUCGACAAUUAGCCGUUAGAGGAGCAUUUGCUGACUCUCCGCAUAAGAAGCGUCGCACGGCAGCUCUCGUGCAAAAAAUUUUCUCAAUCAUUUUGCACGAACUUUCUUUGCAUUUUUUGUGAUUAAAAAAAUCAUAAUUUUGUGAAAAGCAAAGGGAAAUGAUUCGGACAUUUUAAAGAGAGUGUAAGGAAAAUUGUGAAAUUUUUUUUUUAAACCAAAGGAUUUUUUUUCUUCAACUUGUGAGGACUUUUAUGGUGAUUUCGGAAAGAAAUUAGUGGUGAAGAGUGGAAAAACUUAAAGUGAGAUUCUCAAUUUUUGUGAAUAUUAUACCAAUUCGUUCCACGCUUUGGACCACAUAAUGUCCAUUUCGGCCGCAUCUUCAUGCAGCGAAAUUAGCCUGGAGGAGCUACAAACAAGAGAACCAGAUUUUGCAGCGGAUUAUGCUGAGACGGUAAAGGAGGAACGGCUGUCGAGUGUGUCACCAAUGUUAACCCCACCACACACACCAACAGAGGAGGUCCCAGCCCCGGCACCCCCAGCCCCUGCCCCGGCCCCACCAACGCGGGAUCGACACGAGUUUGAGACGAAAGUCACACAGCCGUAUCAGCUUCCUGCGAGUCAUCACGCCCUCGGUCCCAGCUACCAUAGUCCGCCCCCGCAUCCCUCCCUUUACUCGCACAAUCAACAAGUCCCCAGCACCCUUCAGGAGCACCAGCAGCAUAAGCUGUGGUUGCAGGCGCAGGCGCAAAUGCACGCCGCGGCUGCCGCUGCCCACCAGCAGCCACCCUACCCGCCCACCCUGUCGGCCUACCCUACGGCACCCCUUCAUCCCCAUGCCGCCCCAGCACAUCCAGCUGUCCUAAUGAAUCAGUGGAUUCGCAGUGCAGCUCUGUACCAGCAGCACCAUCACUUUCACCCCCACCGACCACCCUACACCGUUGCUGAUAUGCAGCGUCUCCAUGCCACAGGACGACCAGGAGGCCUGGGCCCCAUGAAAAUUGGCGGUGGAGCAGGAACACGACCAAAGAAGCAAUUCAUCUGCAAAUACUGCAAUCGCCACUUCACAAAAUCCUACAAUCUUCUUAUUCACGAACGCACGCACACGGACGAACGGCCAUAUUCGUGCGACAUCUGCGGCAAAGCAUUUAGACGACAGGAUCAUCUACGCGAUCACCGAUACAUUCACUCAAAGGAGAAGCCCUUCAAAUGUAGCGACUGUGGCAAAGGCUUCUGCCAAUCACGCACGCUGGCUGUCCAUAAAAUAACCCACCUCGAGGAGUCCCCCCACAAAUGCCCCAUCUGCAGCAGGAGCUUCAAUCAACGCGCCAACCUAAAGACACACAUGCAGAGUCACACAAUGGGGAGGCCACAGGUACCCCCCACCGGACCCAUCCUAGACCUAUCCCAAAAGACGGAAGUACGGUCAGAUGUCAAAAUGCAACCACCAAAGAAAUCACUCGGCUUUAGCAUUGAGGACAUCAUGAAAAGAUAAAUUUCUUGAAAAAAAAAGAUUGAGAAGAGAACCAAGAGAGAGACCAAAGAAAUCCAUAACUUAAUUUUCCGAGAGAUGUCCUGAGAAAAGGCUAAACCAAAAGGUCAUGAACGGCGAUUUUGUAAACUGGAUAUUUUGUUUAAGGAACUUUACAAGACGUUAAAGCUGUUAUGUUUUAUUGUUUAAAAUUGGGAUCUUUAUGGUAAAUUUCAAAAAAAAAAUAUAUAGAAUAAGAAAUUCCCAGGAAUAUUUUAAUCUAAGACAGGUUCUAUUUGACUACAAUAUGGGUGUCGCAUAAAAGUUUUUUAAGGCAUAAAAGUCUUAAUGGAAAACCAUAAAUUUCAACUACUUAGAACCUCUCGGUUAUACAAGUUGAAAAAUUAUAAAUUAUAAUUAUCAAAAUAUAAAAAAAAUAAAUAAACAAACCAUAAGACAAACAAAAAUUUAAAAAAAUUAUACAAAAGAAUAAAAAUUAAACUUUUCAUCAGUUAAAAUUACAAAAAAAAAUGUUCAGCAGUUUAUUCUUUAAGAAAAGAACAUUGAAAGCUAGAAUUUAAAAAUAUCCAGUUUACAAAAUCUCAGUAUUAGAAUUAAAGUUCGUUUGCCAAUGAUUUCCCCCCGAGACUGAAACACCCCCUUUCUUUAUUUUUGUGAGGGCGCCCGAGACAAAGACAAGAUGGCAAAGAGAAUUUUUUUUAUGAUCUCACUACUCAUUAUAUAGCUAAUUUAAUGAAUGUAUAUGGUAUAAGUUUAGUGUAAAUAUUAUUUUAUGUACAUAUGGGCGAUUUAGCCUGAGUUCUACCAUUGUUGAUGAUUGUAUGUAGAGGAAUUAAUAAAAACUUGAGUUAUCACUUAA